AAGGAGAUGGGCCAAUGGUAUUGUUGCCAUAGCGAAAUCCAAUCAUCAUAUCCUGAAACCGUUAAAAACAUCUUUCAUCAAGCCAUGAAUGAGAUUGAAACGAGGACAAAGGUCAACGGAAAGACAUGUAUUCACUUUAAACCUCAUGCAGGCGAAAAAGGUUUCGUCAAAUUUGUAACAGGAACCGGGUGCCACACACCAGUUGGUUAUAUUGGACGCAGUCAAGUGUUACUAUUGGACAUGGAUGUGAACGCAAAAGGAAAAAAUUAA